GGGACGCAAAGCAUUGCAGCUCAUCGCAGUCUGAAGCUUUGCAUUACAUGUUCGCACUCCGCACAACUCGUCCCAGCGCAUAGGCUCGCAAAACAUCAACUUUCAAUACUCUCGAGGUGAGAAUGGCUGACCCGACGCAGUCGAACAGCGAUGGAGAGGAGGCAAGCGCACCCAUGAGAGGCUUCGCGCGACAAGGUGCUCUGAGACAGAAGAACGUUCACGAGGUGAAGGAUCACAAAUUUAUCGCGCGCUUCUUCAAGCAGCCCACUUUCUGCAGCCACUGCACGGACUUCAUCUGGGGAUUUGGGAAGCAGGGAUUUCAGUGUCAAGUCUGCUGUUUUGUGGUGCAUAAGCGCUGCCAUGAAUUCGUCACCUUCUCCUGUCCUGGAGCAGAUAAGGGUCCUGCAUCAGAUGACCCGCGCAGUAAGCACAAGUUCAAGGUCCACACGUACUCCAGCCCGACCUUCUGUGACCACUGCGGAUCUCUGCUGUAUGGACUCCUUCACCAGGGCAUGAGAUGUGACCACUGCAUGAUGAACAUCCAUAAGCGUUGUGUGGCCAAUGUGCCGAGUCUGUGUGGGACUGACCACACCGAGAGGAGGGGCCGCAUCCAAAUCACUGCAGAGAUCAAGAACAACGUGCUCACCGUCAGCAUCAAAGAGGGAAGGAACCUGGUUCCCAUGGACCCCAAUGGCCUGUCUGAUCCUUAUGUUAAACUAAAACUCAUCCCUGACCCAAAGAGCGAGAGCAAACAGAAGACGAAGACCAUCAAGUGCUGCCUGAAUCCCACAUGGAAUGAGACCUUCACAUUUAAUCUGAAAGAGUCAGACAAAGACCGCAGACUGUCUGUGGAGAUCUGGGACUGGGACUUGACCAGCCGGAACGACUUUAUGGGCUCUCUGUCUUUCGGCAUCUCUGAGCUUCAGAAGCAAGGAGUGGAUGGAUGGUUUAAACUGCUUAGUCAGGAAGAGGGCGAGUACUUCAAUGUGCCUGUCCCAGCCGAGGGCGAAGAAGGCAAUGAGGAAUUCCGGCAGAAGUUUGAGAGAGCUAAAAUGGGUCCCACCAAAACAGACGGCUCUUCCUCCAACGCCAUCUCCAAAUUUGACAGCAAUGGCAACCGAGACCGCUUGAAACUGUCUGACUUCAAUUUUCUCAUGGUGCUGGGCAAGGGUAGCUUUGGAAAGGUCAUGUUGGCUGAGAAGAAGGGAGGUGAUGAGCUGUUUGCGAUAAAAAUCCUCAAGAAGGACGUGGUGAUCCAGGAUGAUGAUGUUGAAUGCACUAUGGUGGAGAAGAGAGUGUUAGCCCUGUCAGGAAAACCACCUUUUCUUACUCAACUGCACUCCUGCUUUCAGACUAUGGACCGCUUGUAUUUUGUGAUGGAAUACAUCAAUGGUGGGGAUCUCAUGUACCAUAUCCAGCAGGUUGGCAAGUUCAAAGAGCCCCAUGCUGUGUUCUAUGCCGCAGAAAUCGCUAUAGGCUUGUUCUUCCUCCAUUUGAAGGGUAUUAUAUACAGAGAUCUAAAGUUGGAUAACGUCAUGUUGGAUGCAGAGGGUCAUAUCAAAAUCGCAGACUUUGGCAUGUGCAAGGAGAACAUGUGUGAGGGAGUCACCACUAAGACCUUCUGUGGGACCCCUGACUACAUCGCCCCUGAGAUCAUCGCUUACCAGCCGUAUGGAAAAUCUGUGGACUGGUGGGCCUUUGGAGUUUUGCUCUAUGAGAUGUUGGCUGGGCAGCCCCCAUUUGAUGGUGAGGAUGAAGAUGAAUUGUUUCAAUCUAUUAUGGAGCAUCAUGUGUCCUAUCCCAAAUCCAUGUCCAAGGAGGCUGUAGCCAUCUGCAAAGGGCUGAUGACCAAGCACCCAGGGAAGCGUCUGGGCUGUGGUCCUGAGGGUGAACGAGACAUCAGGGAACACGCUUUCUUCCGUUACAUGGACUGGGAGAAGUUGGAGAACAAGGAAGUCCAGCCACCAUUUAAACCAAAAGCCCGAAACAAUCGAGAUACCUGCAAUUUUGACCGGGAAUUCACUAAAAUGGCUUUGGAGCUCACUCCCACCGACAAGCUGUUUAUCAUGAAUCUAGACCAGGACGAGUUCCUGGGUUUCUCCUACACCAACCCGGAGUAUGUGGAUCCUAAUCAGGGAUAAAAGAGCAAACAUAUUGGAGACUGCUGGCCAUGUAUCUCUCUGUCUGCCUGUAUGUGUGUGACAUGUAUGCUCAGGGGUGUGAAAGCUUACUCAUAUUACUGUAACAUGAUUUUACCAAAGGCUCAGGUGGACCAUCUCAGUAUAGCUGUGCGCAGCGGCGUAGAUCUAAUCUACAAAUCUACACCACUGACUGUUCAGUAUUCGGACACAUUUCCAAAGGGUCAUAAUUCUGCAAAUCUGUUGAAAUCCCAACCACUUUAGCGUUCCACAAAAUUGUUUCCCUCUUCCUGGUUUUCACACUUUCAAGGGAGCUGGUUGCCCUCUGCUUAGCUAGAUUGUAUUUUGUGUUGGUGUUUAUACAAUGGUAAGCAAAGCCUUUGCAACAAAUGAGGAACAAACAUGACAAACCCCAAGUGAGCAAUUUGAAAACAACAAUGCCGCCUUCAAUAAUUUAUUUGCAGUUCAUUAUUUUCCCCCUGUUUGGUCUCUAUUUGAGCGCGCUUUACUGAGCUAAUGUUUAAUUCACUGGCUUAAACCCAUUAGACCAAAAUAUUAUUACCUCCCACACAUGACUUGAGCAGGGGCUCCUAUGCAGCCCAUGUUAACUGCUGCAAUCCUGGCACAUUGCUGUGGCAUUCAGGGAGAGGAAACAAAUAUAAAAAAUUUCAAUAUGGUUGCAAAGUGUGUCAUUAUCAUUCAUAAGAAUUUAUUUCAGGAAGGAUUCAUAUCACUGGAUUUUGGGAGAGUGGAGAUAUGUAAAGCUACUGGUUCAUAUUUCAGAAUCCUUGAGGACAAGGAUUAGAAACAGCUGAAUAGAUCCAAUGCAGUCAACACUGUCUUGCAAUACAGAAUUCAAAUAGUACAUAACUGUGUAUCUAUGCACCUUGAAGGGAACACAAUGUGCCAUUUUCCAAAAGGCACUUCAGCAUCGGCAGGUUUUUAUUCCCUGUGAUUUCAAAUGCUUAAUUUGCAUGAUUGCAAUAGUUUGUUUAUCCUCUAGGCACAAUACUUUUGGGUGUAUCUAUCAUUCAGGCAGAAAGACUGGUGUUCAAUCACAGAAAAACCAUACUGGCAUUUCUGAACGCUUGGUCUAGAUCAGUCUUAUAUUAUAGCAAUGUGAUUUGAGUCCACCGCCUAUGUGCACUGAUGAGUCAUAGGCUUUUGUGUUGUGUAUGUAAUGUAACUAAGCACUUUCUGAAACAUCUACCUACUCAUUCAUUUUAAAGACAGCACAAUUCAUGUUAAUGGCUUCUUAUCUAUUUAUUUAUUUUUUACUUUGUUAGCUCAUUUUCUUUAUCUUUUUAUUUUUAGUAUGUAAACAUAUUCAUGUUCAAUACAAUAUGUUUCAAAGAUACACUCGCUGAUGAAGCCUCUAAUGAAAAUGACUUUGAAAUUAGAAUGAUACUCAUAAAUUGAUAGCCUUGUCUCUUUCCUGAAUAAGCGGAACCAAUUUGAUCUGUUCUGCCUGCUCUUGUACAGAUCCUAACCUCUCUAGUGCUGUGUGUGUAGCGGUGCUGUCUCUGUGAGGUGAAUAGUUGCAGUGUUUUGAUUGGGCUCAGUGUCACUAGCCUUCAUUUUAUACUGUGUGGCUACUUGGUAGUGCUAUCCCACAAUGCUGUCUGAGACCCAUUCACUCCAUAGAAAUUUAAGAGGUGUAUCGACUGGACAAUUAUAAAAAAUAGAAAUAAAAGGCAUAUCAGUUGACACAGUGGAGUGUGGUGUGAGGGCCAGGUGAUCUUAAUGGAAAAUGUCACAGCUUUAAAGGUACAGAGUGCCUGCUUAACUGCCUGCCAAACAGUUUGUGUGUCAGGCUGAUAAGGGGACCACUAAGUUCAGCUCUAGGGAAAAAAAGAUGUCGAAGGUGUGAGGUCUCAGACACUGUAAACAUAUAGAUACUGGAAGAGACAAUAGAUAAACCAUUCAAGUUAUAACUUGUUGAUGUAUGUGAUGAGGAGGUGGCGGGAACCGGCUGAACAGUCAUCAUAAAGUUUAAUCAGAAACUUAACUUAAAACAGACACACAUGCAACGAGGCCAGGUGUGUCUCUCUCUCUCGAACCGGCGUCUCCAGCUGCCCCUUAUCUCGCUGUCCCACUGAUCAGCUGAUUCUCUGCCGACCAUGUUCCAUCACGGCCCGGCCAUGCCCUCCUCCUCAUCACAAUGUACUUAUGAGAGAAGAUGUAAUAUGUUCUAUUUAUAAUACAGAUAUUCAAUGUAAACCUGCAUCUGGUUUGUGUGUGUGUGUCUGAAGUGGUUGUGGGUGGAGGGGACUAGAAUAUAUUGGAUGUGACAGAGACUACUUAGAAUAUAACUAAGCCUGAACAGAUAUCUCUAAAGAAAUAUGUUUAUGGUCAUUUAGUGUUUAGUGAGUUAUCCAGGUUUUUUCCUGUUUAUAUAAGGUAAAGAUUGUAUUUUUUUCUAGGGAUGUCACGAUACCAUUUUUUUUUUUUUUGAUCGAGUACGAGUAUAGAUAUUUUCUUUUUUGUUCUCUGAUACAGAG